AUGAGUUUCCAGCUGAAAACCAGCGCACGACUGUCGGAGCUGCACUGCUCUGAGGCGCUGACGGACUGGGACCUGGACCAGGAGCUGAAGCUGCAGACCACCACGGACCACCUCCACCACGAUGAUCAAGUGUGUGAUCAGUUUCCGGUUCCGGGGCCGAGUGAUCGAGCUUCCAGAAGAAAUGAUGACUUCAUCUUUUAUGACAGAACAACAGACAAGUUUGUGAAGCCCAGCCCGUGGCUCAUGGUCAACCCCAACAUCGUUUGUCCCAUAAACUAUGGGUUAAACGGUGAAAAUGACGGCGUCCAAACCCCUCUGUUACCACCUGUGUUACCGCCUCCGUCACCGCCUGUGUCUCCGCCUGAGUUACCUCCUUUGUCAACGCCUCCGUUACCACCUCCUUCGGCCAUGUUAACCUCCCGUGAUGCUCCACGGCGCAACUCUGCAUCGACCUUGCGUCAGAACCAGGUCAGGAAUGAAGAGGUUUCCCACCGACCUGCCCAGGGCCAACGCCGACCAAGGACCACGAGGACCAGGGUUAAUCAGCCCGUGAUGAACGCAGGAGGGUGGCCUCGUCCUCCGGUCAAUUACUGCAUCCUGAUUGCUUUGGCGUUGAAGAACAGUUACAGCGGGAGCCUCAGGGUGCAGCAGAUCUACAGCUUCACCAGAGAGCACUUCCCAUUUUUCCAAACUGCUCCGGACGGCUGGAAAAACACAAUCCGCCACAAUCUGUGCUUCAACAGCAGCUUCCGCAAAACCUGCAACACGCUGCGUCGAGACGGGAAGAGGAAGUCCUGUUUCUGGCACCUGACGGUGGACGGACACCGCCGCCUCAGGGACGAACUCUGGGCCUUAACGGAAGAGUCCAUGCAGCAGCUGGAGAGGAGCAUGACCCGCCCAGGUGAGCGUGUCCCUGUCCCUGUCCCCGCCCCAGGUGAGCACGUCCCUGUCCCUGUCCCCGCCCUAGGUGAGCAUGUCCAUUUUGGCCGUGUUGCAGCUUGUGGUAAGAACUGUGCUUAA